CCUUGGUUGAAGCGUGUUUGAAAUGCAGGAGAGUGUGUAAUACGUUGAAAUAAAUAAAUAAAUAAAUAAACAAGCGCGAGUGUCACCAUGCAGCAUCCUCUACACCGCUUCCACACGAAAGGCGCGUCCACUCCAUCUGGCUGAUUUUCCUCCUCUUUUCACACCUCCUACACUUUGGAUGGAGGUUUUGGGUUAAUCUUCUGUGCAUCAGGACGGACACAAGGCACAAACAUCCGCGUGCGUUUUGAACGCGGAACGGCACGCGCUCGGCUCGGAAGGAGAGAAGAGGGCAAUGCUUCCACCUCAUGUUUCUUCUCAUGGAUCACUCAUGAGGCAAACUAGUGGCUGGACAGGGACCGUCCUAAGCAUCAGCGUUCACUAGGCCAGAAUGGAAGCAGGGCUCAGAACUGCCCCUAGAGCAGAAGAGGAGAAAGAUCCACUUGCUCAGAGAAAGUUGUCAACAGCAGGUGGUGGUGACCUGGGGCCUGAGUGCUGCAAAUGCAACGGUCUGAUCAACACCCGAAGCGUAAUGGUGGAGACCAAGGAAGGACGGGUGUCAGUGUACUCGGCCCCACAGUAUCAGGGCCACGUGGUGGUCAAUUAUUCCCCCGAGCAUGCGGGUCAGGACAGAAAUGGGACACGGAUAAGUGGGCACCAUCCGCAACUGCUCAACCCCAGUGCCUUGCCCCAGGCUCUGGACCCUUUUUAUAAGCCCAACCUCAUCGUGUACCCAGAAGGAGUUCUGAGAGUGUGGGGGGAGGGAAGUGACUGCUGUGAGACCACGUUCAUUGAGGACAUGGCUCCUGCUAACUCCGCUGCUACAGUCACUAAAGAUGGGCUCAUGCUCACUGAAAACAAAUUCCUGGAUUUAUCUAUGGAGGAUACCAAGAUUCAUACACUGUCCUACGAUGUGGAUGAUGACGAUGAGUUUCAAGAGCUGGAGAGUGAAUACUCAAGUGACUCAGAGAGUGAGGACAACUUCCUGAUGAUGCCCCCUCGAGACCACCUGGGCCUCAGCGUCUUUUCAAUGCUGUGCUGCUUCUGGCCCCUGGGCAUCGCCGCCUUCUACCUGUCUCAUGAGACUAACAAAGCAGUAAAUAAAGGGGACUUUCACCAUGCCAGCUCCAGCUCCAGACGUGCUCUCUUCCUAGCUGUGCUGUCCAUCACCAUUGGUACCGGCAUCUACGUUGGCGUAGCAGUGGCUCUUAUUGCAUACCUUUCCAAGAACAACCACUUGUAGCCUUGCAUUGCCUCCCAUCUUGCCACUGACUGUCAGUGUGGAUUUACUGUAAGGGCCACUUAAGGGUAUUGCACUGAGUAAUGAUCUACAUACUCUACAGCACUUUUAUGAAUCACAUGGAAUUACAGAGUGGAUCCUCAUUAGUAAACAUUGUGACAUUGUAAAUCAUGGCAUUCCUUUUUUCGUAUUCACUGUUUAUCACAGUGGCAAUUGUGUUCAGAUACUGUAGUAAUAGACUUUAAUACCUGUUUACAAGGCUACAACAUCAGUAUGCUUUGAUUAUCCACAGUAUUUAUUGUGCCAAUCUAGUCUUUUGAGCCUUUAGUGUAGUCUUGUUUUCUUCUAGAUGAUGGUAAAGUAUGAAAAACACAAUCUAUCUGAAGUGCCACAGUGCUUUGAAGCCUUCUUAUAAAGAGCUACAAUAUUAUAAGGACCACAAGAAGGGGCUUAUUCAACACUCAAGGGUAAGAUGGACGCAAAGCCAUAUAGAUGGGCUGCAGGACUCUGAAUGUGGACUUUCCUGGUCUAGCAGUAACAUUCUGCUCUGAGAGAGCUGUAAAUAUUUAUAAAUAAUUUUUUGUGAGAUAAGACUGAACAUCAAAACCAGGUCGUAGUCUUUCAGUUUCUACAUGCCAAAUUAUGAUGGUGUACAUGCUUACACUCUGUUAUGGAUUUUCACCAUGUGGGAGAUUUUAACCACCGCUGAACUGCAACCUCUUGCCAAUUAAAUGUAGUAUUUUCAUUCAAAUCUAGUGUUUAUUUAUGUAAUCUAUGUGAUUAUACUUGAUUGUGCCCUGCUCAAUGGAUUCUUGACCUGCACCACAUGCUCAAGCAAACAAAUGUAUUUCACUGUCUUUCCCUACCCAGUGCUCAGGGCACCACAGAUUGUCCAAAUGCUCUCUCCCAAAUCCUAACACAUCUGAACCAUGUUUUCAGUGGUCAAAUUUUGUCACUGAUGAUAUUUUGUCACUCUAUAGGCAUGAUCAUCUGAUGGAUCUUGUAUGUCACCACUGAAUCUUAAUACAUAGAUGUUUGAUUUGGCAACUAGUUAUUCAAAGCUAUAUAACCUUAAGUAUUCAAAAAAAAGAAAAAGAAAAAAGAAAACUCCAAACGUCUCUUAAACAUGGUAUGGUGGGAGAUGGAACAGAACAAAAGUGUGUAUACGCCUGGAGGACUGGGUUUGUAAAUACUGCCUUACACCAAGAAUAAGGGUAUAUGUAUACAUAUUUGUGAGAGUUACUAAAAGCACCCUACAUGCACAGCAAAAUAUACCUCUCCCUUAUCAGCUGUAACUGCUCCACACACCUUCUUUAUACAAACAAGUUUCUCUUAAUACAAAUCAGUAUUAUAUACAAGUCAGUAAAUAUAGCCAGCAAAAUAUUUUAGUAUUUUUGCAAGAAGUAUGUGAAUCCAUUUAACAUAUCCUUUUCCAUAAGUUAUCCACUAUAGGUUAUGACAAAUAUACAUUUUAGCUGUGUCUCACAAGUCACUUCAACAGGAGGUUGCAUCAUCCUAAUCUAACCCGAUUAUGGGAAGAAUAAAAGUAAGUUAUCUCAUUCUUCUUUUUAUGUAUUUUCAAUGAUAUUGUGAUAUUGACUGGCAAGGUCAAGCACUUUCAAGUAAAACCAUGUUGCCCAAAUUAUAGACUGAGAGUAAUUCUUUAAUUAUUUAAUCAGCGAUUCAGUGGAAAGGCCUUUAUGUCCUCAUGCCAUUAGUAUGAAUGCUAGGUACAUAUAUUGUGUGUAUUUGGAAAUUCUAUGUUACUUAUUUAAGAGCAAAAUGCAGCCAACUGAAAUAAAAAAAACAAAAAAAAAAAACUUUGUAAAGAAAACAAGAUUGCUGCCUGAGGUUGCCUCUGCCACUGAGUGGAGGAGAUUCUCAUUACAGGGUCAAAUUCACAGAAAUAGUUUUUCUUCAACAGCUUCUUUCAUGUCUGAAGUACAUUUUAAGGGUAUUUCUAGCACACAAAUUAGUAACAAGAAGGACUAGACUUGCUGGUGGUGGAAGCAUCCCUAUCGACACUAUAGGGCAUCGAGUUUGAUUUGUUUGAAUGGGUAAAUGAAUGUUGUCUUAGCUUCAAUGUUGAGAAAUGAUAAAAAUAAAGUUUAAUGGUUAAGAGCUACAAUAACUAAAGGGCACCCUAGUAAUGCAAUCAUGCUUAUAUAAAGCAUAUGCUGCUUUCAUUGCCUCCAGAAGGGUUAAGCAGGAUUCUUUGAAAAAGUACUGAAUCCACUGCCCUAAAUGAGUUUAGUAAACACAUAAAAGAUAUAAAAUAUGGCAUUUUCAGAAUACAGUUAGGAUACAUUUUUAAAGGGCAAAUGUGAAACAUUGAAAUCACACUGUUCUGUUUUAUUGAUGACGGUUCUGGGAGGGGACCAGUGGAACUAAUAUUAUCUUUAUUUGAAAUGUUUUCUCCUACAAAAUAAUUGGUAAAUGUGUCCUGAAUAGUACCUUUAAAAUAUUUCAUGCAGUGAAUACAAAUAUUUCACUACUGUAUUCUGAAUUAGUACUACUGUAACUGUGCUUUCCAUUACAGCCCAACCCUGGCCAUCAGUAGUCUUUAAGUCCCAGUCAGUCUUCAGUGCUUUGUCACAAAUAUAUCAUAAUUGAUUUGCUAGAGAAAGAAAUGUCCACUCCACCUUAUGGAAUAGGAGAUUAUUGCCAAGGUAUUCAGUUCAAUUAAAUUCAGGUUUAUUGUCUUCUCAGUGUAAAGGGUAACACUAUAGUGUCACAAGCAGUGAUAGAUACCAAAGAGACCUUGAAGAAAUCUACAAUAAAUGUGACUUAGAAAUGAAGUCUCACCAGACUAUAAUUGUCACUUAUUUCCCCCUCGCCUCUCAGCGUGCAUAGCUCUUCCGUAUUGCCUCGUGUUUGUUUAAGUUGCCACGUGUGUUUUUGUUUUGGUUCAUGUCUUGUCUCCUCCCUUGGUUGUCUCCCUAAUGUGUCUUGAUUACUCUCAUCUGUGUUCAGUUUGCCCUUGAUUAGUUUGUGUAUUUAUAGUCCUUGUGUCUCCUUGUUCGUGGCGGAGUAUACGCUCUGUGUCAUUUAGUACCAAGCCAUUGACUAUUUAUUGUCUUUCUGGUUUUGCUCUUGCCUAGUGUUGUUGCUUGUUCAUUGCCUGACUGUUUCCUGAAUCUUACUCUGCCUAUGGAUUACGUUUUUGUUUUGUUUGCUACUAUUAAAUAAAACCAUUGA